UUCCUUACGCAUACUCUGUUUAGUUCGACAACGCUGCGCUUCUCGGACGCGCAAAAACGAGCUGUUCUGAGCUGGGGAAAGGCGAUGCACGCCGUUGAUGUGCCGUCCAUGUACGCCUUGAAGAAAGCAGACACUGCUAUCCGAGAACUCGACCACAACAUCACUCGCAAGGUUGUAUCCUUGGCCGGCAAUAUUUUUUACAUGAACGAAGUCCGCGCUGCCAUUGCAAAGGACUUCUCUAAUCCACUCACCAGAUACGCUAUGACAGACUACCCUCGCGCAAAUGCGAAUUCCGUAUCCCAGGUGCACGACGGCUCUAAAAUGCUUCAGGAUCUUCCAGAUGAACUCUCCUCACCUGCCGUUCGAGUGCGCGGACACAUUUUCUUUGUGAACGAACUACUGCAGACUAUUCACGGCACACUCUAUAUCCCCGAACGGUUCUUUUAUGCACCUGUGGAGCCUUCAGAGCGGAGCCAGAGCGUCAAGGUGGACCAUGAGCUUCACGCUCUCGUGCGCGAGGGAAAAUAUCAGGUUGAUUCAAGACGCGUCAUCGCGCCCAUCUCCUGGUUCGAUCUCUCAUACGCCGAACUCGUUGAACAGGGUAAAAUGUUGGCGGGGUUUGAAGGUAUAUUUACUUGUUUUAAACGGUGUGUGUUGCGACUCAUGAUGCCAAAUCCGCUUCGCGCUAAGGCGAAAGGUCGAAUGGUUUAUGCCGUUCCUUUGAUCGUCUUCAUGGACGACGUUUCUGGAAACAUCUCCAAGCAGUGGAAUAAGCACCACGUAAUCUAUAUGUCGAACGCAAGCCUCUCUCGUGAGAUGCUCGAGAAACAAUUCUGUGUUCGCUUUGUCACCGCAUCUCCACACGCCUCCCCUAUGGAACUCAUGGCUGCGAUGAAAGAGUCAAUCUGUCAGGCCGCAGAGGCUGGGGUUGAAGCAUGGGACUGCAAGUACGACGAGGAAGUGCUACUACAGCCCUACGGACUAUUCUUUGCAGGUGACAAUCCAAUGCAAGCGGAAGAAUGCUGCCAUGCCGGUCUCAAUUGUAAUUAUUUUUGUCGCACGUGCUUUAUCGGUGGUACGACGGCCCAGAAAAUGACUGCAGAAGGCUUUGCGAAGAUAUUCCAAGUCAGUACUCUCUGUGAACCUCGUACUCCGGCAAAGACACUUGAAGAGGUCAGACGACAGAUCAGCGGGACGUUCUUGUCGGGAAACAAGUUGAAGGAUGGCGUAACGGCGACUGGGGUGAAAGAUUCCACCACGACGGCCAUCCUCAGUUCUGUUGUGGAGCUGGGAAAAAAACUUCGGAAGCGUCCUGCCGGUACACUAGCACUGCCCGAAAACGAAAACGCGCUACACGGCACCGAGAUUGAGAGCCACAUAAAUCCUUUGAUAGGAAUGCCAGUUGUAGGUGUUGACAUCCAUCUCGAUACCCCGACUGAGAUUCUGCACACCGUGCUUCUCGGAGUGGUGAAAUAUUUCUGGGGCCAGACCAUGCACAUCCUCGACAAGAGCAAUCAUUUAGACCUGUUUCAAACUCGCCUUGCUUCUGUCAACGUUGAAGGACUCAACGUGCCGAGUCUCAAUGCUGAGUAUAUGGUUCGAUACAAGGGUAGCCUUAUCGGAAAGCAUUUCAAGAGCAUCGCACAAGUAAUGACAUUUCUCAUCUACGACCUCGUUCCAAUGUCAGUGCUUGACGCCUGGUAUGUCAUCGGAAAACUUGUUGUACUUCUGUGGCACACAACCAUAGAAGAUCUCGAGACGUACCUGGCCAACUUGUCACGAACCAUUGAAGACUUCCUCAAUCUCACAGCACAGUGUUCGCCCAGCAUUCUCCUCCUCAAACCGAAAUUUCACUUUCUCGUUCAUCUUCCUGCAUACAUUCGCCGUUUCGGACCUGCUAUCGUAUUCUCCACGGAGCGGUACGAGAGUUUUAAUCACAUCUUCCGCCUCGCCUCAGUCUAUAGCAAUCGCCAAGCCCCAAGUCGUGAUGCAUGCAGAUCGUUUGCGCUCAAUGAUAUUGUCAAGCAUAUCGUGACUGGAGGGCUCUGGAGGGAUCCCGUAAACCACAAAUGGAUGCGCGCAGGAUCAGCGGUGCUACGCUAUAUCGCUGAUCAUCCGAACCAUUGCCGGAUCCUUGGGUUGCCCGAAUCGUGUGAAGACGAGUUGAUUGGUAUGUGCGAAGUUUAUAGUGUGCGAACAUCAAGACUUGUACCAGACUCGGCCGGGCUUAGCGUGAAGAUAUGGAGCAAUACACACACUGGUCGCUUCCUGAAGGGCCAGGAUCCAGCCGCGUACGCUCAGUUCUCGGGACAAAGGUUCCGCGUUGCUCGGGCAGUUGUUGUUACUAAUAGGGACGUUGCUGCCGUGGGGGGAGAUGUGUUGGUGAAGGCGGCGCCGGCGUGUGAUGACGACCAGUCGAAAACCUCCCCAGCUCGGAUAGAAGAGAUUCUCGUCCCCAUGAACUCCGGACAGAAUAUCGCAUCGCACGUCCUUGUCACUUUCCACGAGUUCUUACCUACCCUUCACCAUCGCCUUCGUCUUCCACGGCUUUUCAUGUCCACUCAAAAGUGUGUACUUCCCGCAUCGGACAUAAUUUGCGUCAUCAAUCUCCAGCACGACUGCUCAGGCUCGGAGUGCAAUAAUUUCGAGAAUUCUCAAGUCUUUCAGGAAAGAUUGAAGUCUACGAGGACGCGCGCGGUCAUCAAGCACAACGAGACGAACGCGUACAUACUCAAUACUCAUUCGAUUCACAACUACGACCACAUCCGAUCUGCGCUUCCUCCCGCAUUAAGGCUACAGCUAGACACUCCAUGUGUCUCAGAAGCAGACGUAGCUGAUGUUCGUCAAAAGGCUGUCCAGAAUCUCAUAGCGCGGAAAAAGAAGUCUAAACCCCUCAACGAGCAGCAACAAACUCCGGCGCCGGAAGAUGAUACGAUUCUAACUGUGUUACCAUUCGAACGAGCCCCUCGGAAGAAGCGGGCAGCGCUCAAGACGCCGAAAUCGGUCAGCAGUGGCAGCCGUACCAAGGCUGGUGCACACAAGCACUCCGAUCAGCAGCCCCUCAGUUCGAUGUCUGUGAGUUUGCCCUGA